CGUGGUUUUCAGAGGGCGGCCAGCUCCGCCCCCGUCCCGCCCCCUGUCUGCUUUUUUUCCCAGGUCCUGAACAGUUCACGCUGGGCAGUGCAAAGCCUGAGGACCAUGAAAGCAGCGGGGAGCGGUGCGGCCUUCUUCAAGAGAGGCAGCCUCUUCUGGAUCGUAGUCAUCACUGUGGCCUUCGGUUACCACACGUGGGUAUCCUUCUGGCCUCAGACCAUCCCCUAUCAGAAACUUGGACCUCUCGGGCUCUUUACUCAGUACUUGGUGGAUAACCAUCUGGUACUCAUACGUAAUGUGUGUUGGCUUUCCUGGUUGAUUCAUGUGGGAGAAGCCAUAUAUGCUGUGAUACUGUGCAAUAAAAAAGGUAUCACAAAUGGCCGGGCUCGACUGUUAUGGUUCCUGCAAACAUUCCUCUUUGGGAUUGCUUCUCUCUCUCUCUUACUUGCAUAUAAACCUUACCAUCACAAAAAAAAGUAAAGAAGAAAUUAAAUGAGUUUUUUGUACAUUGUAUAUUCAUUCCUACUUUGUCUAAGUCUUUUUUAAAAAUAAUUUAGUGCUUUCUUAAUCGUUUCAGAAAAUGUCUAUACUGUGAAUAGGUUUGGUUCCUUUUCUCUGACCUUAAAACUCUUGCAUCAUCAUGAACAAUAACUGAUGAUCUUUGUCACCUCUGACAGAGGCUGCCUCACUAGGUUUAUUGAAUUCCAUGUACCUCAACAAACAUUUAUUAAAUACCUGUAGUGUGCAACAUGAAUUAGGCUGGCCCUGGAGUCAGGAGGACCUGAGAUCAAAUUGAUCUUCAGACAUGACACUUAUUAGUGGUGUGACCCUGGGCAAGUCACUUAACCUUGUUUGCCUCAGUUUCCUCAUCUGCAAAAUGAACUGGAGAAGGA